UCAAGAAUCAGUACCAAAGUGACUUGUCCAUAUUCACGUUUAUAAAGAGGAUUGAGAACUUAAGCACCGUUUAUCGUUUAAGGGCAGAACUUAUCCGAUACCAUUCUGCUCUUUCAGGGCUCUAUCUGUGGCACAACAACAUCCACCCCCGAUCGUUUGACCGAGUUUCAGACUCGUGACCGGCCUCAAGAUGUCCAACCUAUUCAGUGGCAUCAGCGGCCGCUUUCGCGGAGCCCAGAGUAAGACUGGUCAAUCUAAGACUCCAGUGGGAUCUAACGAUGGUCAAGGGCCCCCUCCGGUCCCCAACGUUCAAAACAGCAACCCCGCACCAAACCUAGCACCGCGCAUGCCCCCUCUCCCAGCUUCGCCGUCCCUUUCAUCGUCUAUGUCACUAGGUGAAUCGGCUGCUCCUCCGGCCACGAACAGCUCCGACCCGCUGUCUGGAUACAACCUACCCAGGCCAAAGCCAUUAUGGCUGAACGCAAUGCAUGCCAAGCAUAUUGUCAAGGGUAACUUUAUGACCCUGUCGGCCAAACCAAAGACUUUGGAACAGGGUGAAUGGGUGGCACAUCAAGUGGUUGAGCACUAUCGCAAUCUUUGGCUAUUUGUUCGUGUGAUCCAUGAGAAGGAUGAAGAUGGAACCACCAUCUGCAACCCAAAGACCUGCUCCCGCAUGUCAGCUGGAGCAAACCACUCUUUCACCUGGCUUAACUCCCGCCGUGAACCUGUUGAGGUCCCUGCGCACGAGUACAUCUCCCUGAUGCAACGCUGGAUCUCUGGCAAGGUCGAAAACACCGAUAUCUUCCCCACAGACCCUGCCUCGGUGUCGUUCGCCUAUAACACUGCCGCUCCCGGCCCCGCCUCCGCCAGUACCUACCCCUCAGGUUCGGGUUUAUCAAACGCCGGAACACCCAUCCCCGCCCCACCGACCUCCUCGACCAUUCCUAUCGCCGCCUUGUCUGGUUCCGACUGGGUCGGCAAGUCAUCCGGAUUCCCUCCCGAGUUCGUCCAAGUUUGCCAAGCCAUCUUCCGCCAGAUGUUCCGCGUCUACGCCCACCUGUACUGGGCCCACUUCAGCGAGCCCUUCUAUGACCUGAGCCUGGAGAAACAACUCAACAGCUGCUUCUCGCACUUUAUCCUCACUUCUAUGGCGCUGGAGAUGCUAAAGCCGCAUGAGCUGGACCCGAUGCAGCCUCUGGUUGAUCUCUGGGCUGCAAACGGCACAUUCCCUCCCGAGAGCCGCGCAUAUGCUUGCGCCAACGUCGAGGCGGGAAAGAGGUUGCUGGAGAUCAGCGGCGCUGCCUAGAUCGGCAGUUAGACGAGGGGCCUCCCCGAUUGUUGUGCAAAACGUUGGGUAGUGUCGCAGCAUAACAAAGCGUGGUUGCCUUGGGUAAUGACAUGAUCGAGGGAUACACAUCGCACUCGGAAUGAGAAAUGAAAGGAAGGGAUGGGAUGGGAUGAGAUGCGUGCGUCUCACCCAUUGGCCUAGUUGUUUACAUACAUGCGUACUUCAUCACAACAUCAACAUGUUCACUCAAGCCAGCACUACAUGAGCGCAUUUAAGAAUGGAUAAAAACAUCAACGACGGAAA